AUGUUGGAGUUGGGCCGUGGAGAAUCGGUUCAGCAGGCUUUGAGGCAUAAAAGGAAGCUUCGCGGAUGGCGCGCCUCCAUUAUCCAUAGGUGCACCAUGUACAUCCGAUGUUACAAGGCCAGCCUGUGUGAGCGAACCUUGUCUUUGGUGCAGGAGUCCACCGUUUCGGCGAGACAGACUUGGGCCGAUGCACGUGAGACCAACGCGAUGAUUGCAAGCGUCCGUGCGCAGGGCAUCUACAUCCUCGAGUCCUUUGGGAACGCAGGGCUUUCAGAGAGAUUCCGCAUGCUGUGGCCUCCGAUGCAGCCUUGGAGACAGGUCUUCUACUUCAGCUUUUACUCCUCCAAGAAUGAGCGUUUAGCCCGGCUCCUGCUGCGUCUGGCGCUUUCGGCGCUGCUGGCGGCGCUCGCCAGGCAGCUGGUCUUCGGCGCGUUCUCCGCUGACGCGGAGGACGCCGCACCCGAGGUCUGCGGGCAGCGGCCGGAGGGCCUGGCAGAGGUACUUCCACUGGCCCUGAUAUGUCAUGGCAUCGCGCGGCUGAGUUCCUCUUUGUUGGAUGCAGCUUGUAUGCUUCAGCGUGGAUGUCUUUGCUGUCGGUGGGUGGCGGUUUCACAAGGUCUUUAG